GUACAAUGGCUCUCUUCCAAGCGGAGACCGUGGGCGCAGAAAGAGCCGCUUCGCUCUGUACCGAAGGGCCAAGGCCAACGGAGUCAAACCCAGCGCUGUGCACAUCCUCAACACACCACAGGACAGCAAGGCGGUCCACAGCAGGGGGCAGCACAGCAUCUCUUUCACUCUGUCCCGCAACCAGACAGUGGUGGUGGAGUACUGCCAUGACAACAACACAGACAUGUUCCAGAUUGGACGCUCCACAGAAAGUCCCAUUGACUUUGUGGUGACAGACACCUCCGGAGGGGGGAAGGAGGGGGAGGACCCCUCCAUUGCUCCCAGCACCAUCUCACGUUUUGCCUGCAGAGUGGUGUGUGAACGCAACCCACCAUACACUGCACGCAUCUACGCCGCUGGCUUUGAUUCCUCCAAAAAUAUCUUCUUAGGGGAGAAAGCAACCAAAUGGAAAAACCCUGAUGGGCACAUGGACGGCCUGACCACCAAUGGGGUGCUAGUGAUGCACCCGGAGGGGUUCCCAGAGGACCCCAAGCAGGGUCUGUGGAGGGAGAUCUCAGUCUGUGGAGACGUCUAUGCCCUGCGGGAGACGCGCUCUGGGCCCAGCCGGGGCAAACUGGCAGAGGGUGAGAGCAGUGCGCUACGUGAUGGUUCCCUGGUUGACCUGUGUGGUGCCACCCUGCUGUGGCGUACAGGUGAGGGGCUGAUGCGUGCUCCCACCCUGCGUCACCUGGAAGCACUUCGCCAGGAGCUCAAUGCGUCCCGGCCCCAGUGUCCUGUAGGCCUCAGCACGCUGGCCUUUCCCAGCCUGCCACGCAGCCACAGCCUUGAAGAGCGUCAGCCCUGGGUCUACCUCACUUGCGGCCAUGUCCACGGACGCCACGACUGGGGACAGAGAUCCGAGGGAGUGGAGGAGCCGGGAGAGAGCGACGGUUCCACGGCCCGCCGAGAAUGUCCCCUGUGCAGGAGCGUGGGUCCAUACGUGCCCCUGUGGCUGGGCUGUGAGCCUGCUGUGUACGUGGACGCUGGAGCUCCCACUCACGGUUUUGUGCCGUGCGGCCACGUCUCCUCAGAGAGGACUGCAAGAUACUGGGCUGAGACCCCACUCCCCCACGGGACGCACGCCUUUAGACCCAUCUGCCCCUUCUGCUCCACUGCCCUCAGCUCCCCCGGCUGGACGCGGCUCAUCUUCCAGGGCCCCAUCGACUAGUCACCACUCCUCAGCAACCACUAUCACAGUAACAGAAAGAUGCCUUAGCUUCAUUCACGAAUGCAAAUGUUAAUCAGUGUUAAGUAGGGAUAGGUAAUGUAUGUGUUAAGCGUGUGUGUUCUACACUCAGGCCACGCAUUCUGUGUGUAUAACAAACACUGUCAAAUUGUUGUUUCUGAAUGUAGCUCAAGGCUAAAUAAUCCUUCCCCUUGUUUAUCCUUCGAUGCAUGUCGAUCUGGAGAAUAGGUGAAACAAAUUCACUCUAAACUCUACACGGUGUCCAGUCUUCCAUCAUGAAGAAUUCUGCUGUUUUUCAUUCCAGCCAAAUUCUACAUGAGCUGAUUUCACUGACGUCCCAACAUGAGAAGCUCCUCAUAAGUAAAAUCUUAAAAUCUUAAACGAUGCUGCUUGACCUUUUGCAAACAAUUAUUUUCACGCCACUAAUUAUAUACUAUGUCAUACAAAACAAACAGAUCACUUUCCAUCUGUUUCAGAAGCCAUGUAUGAAAUGACAAAUAGCUCUUUGCACAUAAGAAAGGAAUCGCCUUUUUCCUUAGCUGACCGUGUCGUACACGUCCGCAGCGUCCGUGUGUCCUUAAACUUGGUGAAACGCCACCUCUUGCACUUCUCGGCCGGAUAUCUGGCUGCCUCUUUAUUUCCAAAACAUGUUACUGUAAUUGUUGUGAACUGCUGCCACUCAAUAAUUGUUUUUUUCUUUAUUAGCUGUGGUAGCACUUUGAUCGCCAAAUAAAGCCCAUCUGGCUUCAGCUCCUGCAACAAAAAACCCCCACCAUCACCUUUCACUAACUACUUAUGGUAAAUGUGGGACGUUACAAGAUGAGACCAGAGGCUUGUGCUUCUAUUCAACAUUUCCUAGUUAGUCAUCAAGGGAAAUGUAUUAGUCAUAGUUAAAAUCAGGAUGUUCAUAUUCAUCAUCUUUUGCCUUCAUGUAUCAUUUUAGUGUGAAAUCUAUGCAGAGAGACCCCAUAAUUUAUCCCCUUGUGUAAUAUUAGGUUGGAAUGAAAACCUGCAGACUCUCUGAUGAACUCUGGAGCACUGGAAGGAAACACUACACGCUGUAUGAUCACACCACGCAAAAAAUAUUCACCUGUUAUAAGGCCAGAUUGUAUCUGAUAAACAUGACGAUGAUAAACAAGGGCUGGGAAUGAAACUGGGUAAAAUCCACUUCAUAACUCUCUACAGCAAUAAUAGCACUCCCAUAGAUAAGCUAGAUGUUGUGCUAUGUUUAGCCAAGUGUCACGUCAGCAGUUCCUUCAAACAUGGCUGAAAUGGUUUUCCGGGUUAAGGGCUCAACCAGAGGCGUGUUCAAUGCGAUGAUUUAUUUGAUUUCCAAAUGAGGUUUUAGACCAGUGAUGUGAAGUAUGUGUGAUGUAACCAAAGCACUAGAAUUUAAAGAUGAGUAACUGAAUCAGCGAUGAAAUAUACCGGACUUACGAUUUAUGUAAAUGCUCAUUUUCAGAUGCAUUAGACAGAAAUUAGCAUGUUUAGGCUGCAGAAGAACACAGCAGACCUCACGAUAAGAACAUACUGUGUUGCUACUGUUGUGUUACCUUGAACACACUUCUGGUUACUGAAUUAUGCUAAACAGGGUCCAUGUUAGGAUGAUGGAGUGUCAAAAAGGUUUGACCUUGUGUAACCUCAAAAGAUAACCUUUUCCUUUUUGUUUCAAAGAAGACUAUUUUGUUAGUAAAUGGGGAGGGGUUUAUUUGGGGAAGCGGGAGGAAUUCUUUUAGAUGUUCAGUGUUAAAAAAAAAAAAAAAAAACUACUAUUUUUCUAACUUAAAAUUGGUUUUAGUUCACUGUUGUUACUCAGUGUAAGCAAGUUCUGUAUGUUUCUGAAUAUUAUCGUGUGGUAGAUCUAGGAGAGCUUGUGAGUGAGAAAACAUUGCCAACACUGUGUCCAACAAACACACACUUAACACACUGCUACCGUAACAAAACACAUUGCCCAGACAAUGAAUGUAGCCAAAUACUCAGGCUAUAUUAAGCCUUCCCUGGUGCUCAUAUUGAAUGGUCUAUAUUGUGAUACUAUUUUUGUAACCGAAUAUUAUGGUGUAGCUUGGUGAACUAACUCGAAAAAGUCAGAUAAUUUCAAUACUAGCCUCAAGUGUGGAAGACGUAUAAUUGAUAACACACGCUCACAUGGAAAUUGUGUCUAGCUUGCAUGUGCUAAACGUACACAUACAGUAUGUACACUACACGUACACUUACUCGAGAAACUUUGCACGGUUGAUUGCCAACCUGUUACUCAUGCCGAGAGCGUUUUGUCGCAGGCCAAGAUGUCUUCCGAGUCUUCAGCUGUUAACAACGCUGCAUUUGUUUAAGUUUGGUUGAUUUUUUGGAAGACCUCUCCAAAAGAAGAAGAAAAAAAAAUAGAGAGCCUAAAAAAAGAAAAUCCUCAUACUUGAUAGAUUGCGUGACGUUUGUGAAUGAGACCUAUCGAAUCCCACUUUGUACUACUAUGCUAAUAUUUUCCACCAAAUAAUCACACAGCGACACUUGUUUCCAUUUUGUAUUUAGACUGAUCAUAGAACAUUUCUAUUGAAAGUAGGCCUGCUGCUUUCCAAAAAAAAAAAAA